CUUUUUGAGAGUACAUUGUUUGUGUUAAGACGUUGUAAGAACGUCAUGCCUUUUGCACGGUACGUAGAACCAGGGCGUGUCGCCCUGGUAGCCGACGGUCCCUUAAAGGGAAAGUUAGUGAGCGUGGUAGACGUUAUUGACCAAACUCGUGCACUGGUUGAUGGACCCGGCAGUGGAGUACCUAGGCAACAGAUCCGCUUAAACCAACUCCAUCUCACAAAAUUCCGCCUCAAAUACGCGUUCACAGCCCCUACUCGUCUUGUGAGGAAAGCGUGGACAGAUGCUAAACUCAAUGAAAAAUGGACAGAAAGUCAAUGGGCCCAGAAGUUAGCGAACAAAGAGAAGCGCGCACAAAUGACAGAUUACGAUAGGUUCAAGUUAACAGCUGCACGAGUUAAGAGGAACCGUGCCAGGACUGCCGUAUUCAAGAGCUUGAAGGUGAAGGCUGCGCGUGCUGGUACCUUCGGCAAGAAAAAUAUCCCUAAAGCGGCUGCGAAAAAAGUGCGCACCAAGAAGGCGACCAAAAAACCAGCUAAGAAGUAAUUGUUUUUGUGUCUGCGACAGGUUAUGUGACUAAGACAGAUUUUAAGAAGAGAAUAAAGAAUUACUUUUUAGCUUCA